CGAAUCGAUAAAUGGCACCAGCCGUGGGGGACAGGCCGUAGCUGCGAGUAGCAUAGAAGUUCAAGUCAGACUCGACUAGGUUCAAGAUGAGCGCCCAGAAAGCCUUCGCUGGGAGUAGACGUCUCGGUAAGGAGGCGUACCAGUUUCAGUUAACCUCCGAAUUCGAGAUACUCGCGUUGGAAUGCAAGGGGACCCAUGGAGACCAACAAUGCUGAAAGUCGUGUGGUUCAGAAACAUCGCAAAGUUGAAUCAAUCCCCGUAAAUGGGUCACUAGUGAAGACGAGGACCCAAUGGAGCUUCGGGAAUGGCGAAGUUUAAAACCGCCUUUCUCUGUGGGUCUUGUUGUCACCCUCUACAAGGGGAAGGGCAGAGACAGAUUUGAAGAAAAGGAGUACAAAUAUUACGUACAAGACCAAAGUGAAAAAAGGAAGAAGUUCUGGCUUCGUUCACAAGUCGACCUCAAAGAAUACACAAGCCCUCUGGAUAUGAAUGCAAGAGGAUGCCUUGAGAUGACUCUUCCACAACGAAUCGCAUAAAGUCGAUCGGGUGGUUAUGGGGAUGACCCUCUCGUCUCAGCUACUCAAGAGGGGCAAAGGAAUUGAUUUUAUGAUAUGCAGAGACCUUUAGUGCACUGACCAGUGAAGUGGGGAACCAGAUGCUGCACCGAUGUCGAGACAGAUAUGGAAGACGAGGAGGAGAAAGAGGGGGAGAGGGGAGGUGGAGGGGGGCAAGUCGGGGGAGGGAAUCAAGGUGUGUAUGAGAUGGAGAUGGAUCGGGAAGAGUCGGGUGUUGGCCCCUGCGAUUGAAAUUGGGGUCUAAACAGUGUCUCCAAUUUAGACAAGGGAGCCAGGAGUGGUAAGGAUCCCCCCACCGUAACGAUGGAAGCCCCAACCCCUGGACCUUCCCCUGUCCCACGAAUCCUGCCAUCCGCCUCACACGCAUCGAGCUCAUCUCUUCGUCCAACUCCUCCCCCUUCUUCAAGCCACACCUCCUCAGCCUCUCCCUCACCAUCUCCCUCCACCUCUCGUUCCUCCUCACCCGGCGUGAGCUCAUAACACAAAUCCAGUCUGAUACAAACCACAAGUUCUGAAGGCAGCGAGCAACGUCGACCAGGAAAGCCCAAAGGACACGGAAGGAAAACAAAAAUUGUUUGGGGAGAAGGAAAGAAAGCAUCGUGCCAGCCAUCGAGUCAAGGACUGGACCAUCAUCCGGAGGAACAGCAGCGUGUCCUUGUUUUUGUCCCCCUCUCCCCUCCGCCCCCCCUAUCCCCUUACACCCAUCACUGACAGCUCACAACAGACCUGGACGAGAUUGAACAGCAUGGUGAAAAAGUUGCAAGAAACAGUCACGAAACUGGAGAAUGAGCACAAAAUAAUUCACGCAAGCAUGGAGAUCCAGGGCUGGCUGUUCAAGCGUGGGGUGAGAGGAGUCACUGCUAAUGUAUGGAGACGGCGGUUCUUCCGCGUGGAAGGCAGCAAGAUUACUACUACCAAAGUCUCGCUGCGCCUACAGGGACCAAGGGUACAUACGUCAUGGACAGUUGGUUCAGCAUAGCUUAAUACAUACAAUAUCUACCACCUCCCAAGCAUACCGCAGUAUUGUGUAUCAACUGUUUGUUUAGGGUAUAAUAAUAUUAUACCUUUUGGUCGUAUAACAGGUUCAUUGAUAUUGACUUGGUGGUGGGGGUACAUGAAGUCUGUCCUGAGGAGCAGGACAAAAACUGCAGCACAUUCAUCGUCCAUUGCGAGGGCAGGACUUUCCAGCUACAGGCCAUCGACCAGCCAACUAUGAGAAAGUGGAUAAGGGCCAUUGAGUUCCUGGCUGACUAUAGAAAAUCUUACACGGAGAAGAGAAGGACAGAUAUCAUGGAGAGACUGGACGCUAGUUACCUCUAAAUCUGCAUACAUCUCGUGUGUCUUGUGAAUGUUAAUGUGUGUCUGACUGAG